AUGGCAUCCCAGAAGCAGAGCUACGGAGCUGGUGAAGCCAAGGGCCAAGCUGAGGAAAAGGCUGGCCAGAUGAUGGGCUCAAUAGGGGAGAGGGCCCAAGAAGGAAGGGACAAGGCCCAAGACACAACCCAAGCAACAAGGGACAAGACAUCCGAGACAGGCCAAGCAGCCAAGGACAAAACCCAGGGAGCUACCUACCAAGUCAAAGACAAGGCCGCAGAGAAGGCAGAGGCUGCAAAACAGAGGGCAGAAGAAGCAGCCCGGAAGGCCAGAGAGACAGCCGAGCAUGGCAAAGAGAAAACCAGUGGGGUACUGCAGCAGACUGGAGAACAGAUGAAGCACAUGGCUCAGGGUGCUGCUGAUGCUGUGAAAAGCACUUUUGGGAUGGCCAAGAAUGAUGAGGAGAAAGUUGAAACUGGGCUUUCUGAUAAGAAGGCUGGCACUGGCACUGGAACUUGA